CCAAUAAGCGCGCGCCAUGUCAUGCUCGCCGCUCUCACCGACGCGCGGGUCCCAGCUGAUCGAGGGGGAUCUGCACUGCACGGGCUAACUUCUCUCUCUUCCGGAAGCACUUCCCGAAAAAAGGAAGACAGAGAAGGAAACGGCAGUGAAGUCGCCGGCGCCGCCGCGACAGGAGGAAGGAGGGAGUAGCAGCGGCAGGGGAGGUCCGGCGAUCUCGGCUGCUGUGGCGCGGUAAGGGAGGAAGCGGAGCCGCGACAGGAUGCACUCGUUUGGGCACCGCGCCAACGCGGUGGCAACGUUUGCGGUCACCAUACUGGCCGCGAUGUGCUUCGCCGCCUCCUUCUCCGACAAUUUUAACACCCUGACACCCACCGCAUCCGUCAAGAUCUUGAAUAUAAACUGGUUCCAGAAGGAGGCCAACGGCAAUGACGAGGUCAGCAUGACGCUGAACAUUUCGGCUGACCUUUCAUCUCUUUUCACGUGGAACACAAAACAGGUUUCCCUUUGGGAUGGCAUUAUACCUGCAAAGGAGCAUGCCAAGUUUUUGAUCCAUACAACAAAUAAGUACAGAUUUAUUGACCAGGGAAGCAAUCUAAAGGGCAAGGAAUUCAACUUGACAAUGCACUGGCACAUUAUGCCAAAGACUGGCAAAAUGUUUGCAGAUAAGAUAGUCAUGACAGGCUAUCAGCUUCCUGAGCAGUACAGAUAGUCAUAUAGAUCAUGAACAGUAGCAGAGGCCUGCAAGAAGUGAUAGUUGCAUAGCUGAUGCUGAACUUUUUGUUCUAAUCUAGUUGGAACAUGUAAUCUUAUAAGCUUGUACUUAAGCUGAACCAGGCAAAACUAAGUUGCAAAUUUGAGAUAUUUAUUGCUCAACUUUUAAGAAUAGGUCUCGGUUAAUGGUGAGAAGACUUUUCACUGAGCCAAAGGUCUUGGGUUUCGAACUUUCGAUGCAGUCUCUGAGCAAAAUGCAGGGAUAAGACUUGUCUUGGUUCUUCCUCGAACCAUACUCAUGUGGGAGCCCUCAGUAAUGGGUCUGUUUAUUUAUUGCUCAA